UGAUGAGGCAAGACCAGAUUUCCAGGUGAAGGUUGAAGUGUAUAGUUGCUGUACAGAGGAGUCUUUAUAUGUAACAAACACUCCUAAGAAACUAGCAAAGAAGCUUAAAACAUCCCUCAGCAAAGCUACAGGGAAGAAACUCAAAGCUGCGCUGGAAGAAGAUGGCACUGAAUCCCUUUUGCCUGCUGACCCAGUCAUCCAAGGAGCAAAGUACAGUUUGCUAGCAUAUACCACUUUGGGACUGGAGAGUGCUGAGGACAGUUUCAGGACCCACAACCUUACCAUUACAGGAAAUGAGGAAUCCUCUUUUUGGCUCCCUCUCUAUGGAAACAUGUGUUGCCGUUUAGUUGCUCAGCCUUCCUGCAUGGCUAGGGAUAUGAUGUCAGGAUUUCUUAAUCAACAGCAAAUGAUAGGAAGCCUAACUAGCUGGAGGAGGCUGUAUUGCGUACUAAGAGGUGGCAAGCUCUUUUGUUACUACUCGCCAGAAGAAAUUGAGGCUAAACUGGAGCCAGCAUUGACAGUUUCCAUCAACAAGGAAACCAGAAUUCGAGCUGUGGAUAAGGACUCCAAGAGAAGAACUAAUAACUUCUCUGUUAUCAACCCCAUGUCUGGAGAGGCUGUGAUGCAACUUUUUGCUACUGACAGUAGGGAUGAACUUCAUAAGUGGAUGGAGGCUUUCUGGCAGCACUUUUAUGAUCUGAGCCAGUGGAAACAUUGUUGUGAAGAACUUAUGAAAAUUGAGAUUAUGUCACCACGGAAACCACCUUUGUUCUUGACAAAAGAAGCGACCUCCGUCUACCAUGAUAUGAGCAUUGAUUCUCCAGUGAAACAUGAGGGCUUAGCUGCUAUCAUACAAAGAAAAAUCGAAGAGAGUGAUGGUGAGUUCCUGCUCAGCCAGCAAAAAGAGUCUGCAUCUCCCUUAUGGGCUUCACUCUUUGAUGGAUCUCAUGAGAUGGUUGUUCAGAAGAACGUGCAUCUAAGCCCAAAAAAAGAUACUACAAGUCCUAAUGAUAGCAAAGGAAAGAAAAGAAGAGCUCCACCUCCUCCCUCUGAUAAGUCACCAUAUGGUACAAAACCACAGGUGAAUACAGAGCAAUUGGGCAAGGAAAACUGGGAGAAGCCUGACCUCACAUCUACUACUAGUUCUUCCUUUGAUUCAAAGUUAUCUAUGAAAAUGCAGCAGUUGCAUACACCCAUUGCUGCUCCUCGCAAAAUUGGUCCUUGUAGAAAAAGCAAUUUAGCUGACCACAGGAAUCCCAUUUCAGUGGUUAACAAGACUGAGUCUGAAACCAAACCGGUACCAACCCCUAGACAGAAAUGUAUCACAGAAGUGCUAGACCCUAGAUCAUGGUUGCAGCCCUAGACAUCAUAAUUAGCCUAGAAAAGUCCCUGGAAUUUUAAGUUUCUCAGCCUUCUACUAUAACUCUUGACUAAAACUAGAUUUUAGCAUAUAGCUUUUAAGUAUUGAGGCUAAAGUUUGGGUUUUUUUUUUUUCUUUUAGCCAGGGCACUACUUCUAGCUGCGGUCUCAGCUGUACUCAUUAUUGCUAACAUCUAAAUAAUUGCACUAGUGAUGGGGGCAGUUAUCUCUAUCUGAAAUAACGGUGCUACUUCUGAAAAGAGACGUUCAGUACUUUCCCCCUGAAAAACCGGCAGUGUUCAGGGUAACUCAGUGACCCUGCAGCAGGGAUGUUACCAUUGCCUUCCACCAGUCCCUCAGCUUAGUCCAUCUGCAGCUCCUCAGACUGGUUCAAGUGCGAAUUUC